UUUCCCACCAUGUUUAAGCUUUUGGGGCUUUCCUAUUUAUUUGAUUCUUGUGAAAUUCUUGUAAGGAUCUGAUUGAUUAAUUUGAUUCUAGAUUAUAGAAAUCACUUUAUUAAUUAUAAUAUCUGUUGACAAAAGUGAAAAGUGCGAUGAAGGAUUCCAAAAGUUAUUUCCCCCUUUUUGGUCAUGGAGAAAGUUGUGGAAAGAGAAUCUGGAUAAGUAAAGUACUUCCUUCCUUUUGCUCGCUUCUUGAUGAUUUUGUGAUCCAAUUCUUUAAAUAUUUUUCAUGUAAAGAUCCUGAAAGUGUUGAAGUUUUUUUUAAAGUAAUCCCUUUUUCUUUUAUUUUGGGUUCGUACUUUUAUGUUUCCAGAAUAUUGUAGUUUUAUGCAUAAUCAGUGGAAUAUAUGGAGCUUUGGAUGUCUAGCUCAUUAAAUUCAUCAAAAUCUGUUCCAUGUUUAUCAACUACCACUACACAAUAAAUGGAGUCUUUCAAUUUCUGUGCCUUUUAAUGUUCCGCUGAAGAAAUGACAGUGAUUUGACGUGGUAUGGCUUAUGAUGAUUUGAUCUCAAUGAGAUUGAAUAUUUUUCCUUACAGUUCCAUGUCUGCCUAUGAUCGUUCAUUUUUCAAUAGUUUUACACAAAUCUCAUCAAGCUAUAUACCUGAUAUAUUGCAUCUUGCUCAAAUUUUGGAAAGUAGUAGCAGAUGGUGGAUUAACAUUGAGGGAUGUUAAUUUCAGUUUGUGUGGGUUAUUGCUUGAUAGUUAAUAGGCUACAACUCCUGACUCGGUUUCUGCAAGCAAUUACAUAUAUUACCCUUCACCAGUCGAUUUUUCCUAAAUCGAUGAGUAAUCUCAAGCUCGGGGUUGAGGUCAUGGGUGCUCAUGAUCUCAUGCCAAAAGAUGGGCAGGGCUCAUCCAGUGCUUUUGUGGAGCUUCAUUUUGACAACCAGAAAUUUCGCACGACUACAAAAGACAAAGAUCUCAACCCUGUUUGGAAUGAGAGUUUUUAUUUCAACAUUUCUGAUCCAGAUGACCUAUCAAAUAUGAAUCUUGAGGCCUACGUUUACAGCCAUAAUAAAACGAGCAAUGCCAAAUCGUUUCUUGGAAUGGUCCGACUCACUGGAACGUCAUUUGUUCCCAUUUCUGACGCUGUUGCUCUGCAUUAUCCUCUGGAGAAACGAGGCAUCUUCUCUCGUGUCAAAGGAGAGCUUGGCUUGAAAGUCUUCGUCACUAAUGACCCUUCCAUAAGACCUACAAAUCCUCUUCCUGCAAUGCAAUCCUCGUCUGCAGAUUCUCGCUCAACCCAAGCUCGGGGAUUGGUAGAAGAACUUCUAAGCUCGGUCAUGAAUCCAUUCUCUAAACACAAGGCUGAGUCAAGGCAAACAUUUCGUCAUCUUCCAAACCAGAAAAAUGUGCAAGAGAAGCAACACAUUUCUACAGCAGCGAAUGAACAACCAAUUAAUUUUGCAGCUAAUGAGAUGAAGUCUGAACCACAGGCUUCGAAUGUUGUUCGCAUGUAUUCUGGUCCCUCAUCACAACCAGCUGAUUAUGCACUUAAAGAGACAAGCCCUUUCCUGGGAGGAGGGCAAGUUGUUGGAGGACGAGUCAUACGAGGAGACCGGCCAGCUGGCACUUAUGAUCUUGUUGAACAGAUGGGAUACCUUUUUGUACGAGUUGUUAAAGCUCGUGACCUUCCCUCCAAGGAUGUGACGGGGAGCCUUGACCCAUAUGUAGAAGUAAAAAUUGGAAACUACAAAGGAGUUACAAAGUACUAUGAGAAGCAGCAAAAUCCUGCAUGGAGUGAGGUGUUUGCCUUCGCAAGGGAUAGGAUGCAGUCUUCUCUGAUGGAAGUUGUGGUCAAAGACAAGGAUCUGAUCAAAGAUGACUUUGUGGGAAUUGUAAAGUUUGAUCUCAAUGAAAUUCCUACAAGAGUUCCACCGGACAGUCCUUUGGCUCCAGAAUGGUAUAGGCUUGAAGAUAGGAAAGGAGAGAAAGUGAAAGGGGAACUGAUGCUUGCUGUCUGGUAUGGAACUCAAGCUGAUGAGGCUUUUCCUGAUGCUUGGCAUUCAGAUGCAAUCACUACCUCAGAUGGCUCUUCAUUCAUCUCUAUGGCCAUUCGCUCUAAAGUUUACCAUUCUCCAAGAUUAUGGUAUGUUCGUGUUAAUGUGAUUGAAGCACAGGACUUGAUUGUAGACAAGAAUCGCAUCCCUGAUGCAUGUGUUAAAGUACAUAUUGGUAACCAGAUUUUAAGGACAAAAAUAGUUCAAACUCGUACUAUGAAUCCAGUCUGGAAUGAGGAUUUCAUGUUUGUUGCUGCUGAACCCUUUGAUGAUCAUUUGAUUCUUUCGGUUGAAGAUCGUGUAGGAUCCAACAAGGAUGAGACCUUGGGAAAAGUUGUUAUACCAUUGAACACUGUUGAGAAGCGUGCUGAUGAUCGGUUCAUCCGGAGUCGGUGGUUCAGUCUUGAAAAGUCUACCUCAGAUGCAUUGGAUGAGAAGCAGGCGAAGAAAGAUAAAUUUUCUAGCAGACUUCACGUUCGUGUCUGCCUUGAUGGAGGAUACCAUGUGCUCGACGAGCCAACUCAAUACAGCAGUGAUCUCCGACCCACAGCUAAGCAGCUCUGGAAGUCAUCAAUUGGUGUGUUGGAGCUCGGCAUUCUAAAUGCUGAUGGGCUCCAACCAAUGAAAACAAGAGAUGGAAAGGGUACAACGGAUACAUAUUGUGUUGCAAAAUAUGGUCACAAGUGGAUUAGGACGCGAACCAUAGUCAACAGCCUUAGCCCAAAGUACAAUGAGCAAUAUACCUGGGAGGUUUAUGAUCCAGCCACGGUGCUGACUGUUGGAGUUUUUGAUGACAACCAGAUUGGUGGUUCAAAUGGCAACAAGGAUAUGAAAGUUGGGAAGGUUCGAGUUCGAAUUUCCACUCUUGAAAGUGGGCGUGUUUAUACGCACUCCUACCCGCUGCUGGUUCUGCAACGUUCUGGUGUGAAAAAGAUGGGCGAGCUGCAUCUGGCAAUACGGUUUACAUACACAUCACUGGUGAACAUGAUGUAUCAAUAUUCUCGACCCCUUUUGCCAAAGAUGCACUAUGUAAGGCCAUUGACCAUGAUGCAGCAGGACAUGCUGCGUCACCAAGCUGUCAGUAUAGUGGCCGCUCGUCUUAGUCGUGCAGAACCUCCCCUUAGGAAAGAAGUAGUUGAAUACAUGUCUGAUGCUGACUCUCAUCUUUGGAGCAUGAGGCGCAGCAAGGCAAACUUUUUCCGUUUGAUGACAGUUUUAUCAGGAUUUCUUGUUGUUGGAAAAUGGUUUGGGGAAGUAUGCAUGUGGAAGAACCCCAUUACAACAGUGCUGGCACAUCUCCUCUUUGUGAUGCUUGUGUGCUUUCCAGAACUAAUUCUUCCUACUGUGUUUCUGUACAUGUUCCUUAUUGGGGUUUGGAACUUUCGUUCUCGGCCAAGAUACCCUCCACACAUGAACCCAAGAAUAUCUUAUGCAGAUGCUGUGCAUCCUGAUGAGCUUGAUGAGGAGUUUGACACAUUUCCAUCAUCACGCAGCUCAGAGAUUAUCCGUAUGAGGUACGAUCGACUGAGGAGUGUUGCAGGGAGGAUUCAGUCUGUUGUGGGAGAUGUGGCUACCCAAGGGGAGCGGAUAUUGGGGCUCCUGAGCUGGCGAGAUCCUCGCGCCACAGUUAUAUUUAUGAUAUUCUGUCUUGUGGCUGCCAUGACAUUAUAUAUGACCCCUUUUCAGGCUCUAGCUCUUCUAGCUGGGUUUUUUGUCAUGAGGCAUCCCAAGUUCAGGCAUAAAAUGCCAUCAGCUCCCGUUAACUUCUUCCGUCGUUUGCCUGCUAGGACGGAUAGUAUGCUUUAAAUACCAAGAAUUUUUGUAGGGUGUUUUAGCCAUUGCCUGCAAUGUGUUGGAAAAUUGUCAAGUACAGGUGGUGGUUGCAAGUCUCUGGUCAUCUCCUUUUGUUUGCUACUGGUUGUCUUGGUCAUGAAGCUUGAUGCAAAUGUAUAAGAACUCUGUUAUGAACAAGCUUGAUUAUCUUGUUGAAAUCCAACUUUUUGUAUAUACUUGUUAAAUAGAUGUGAUGCCCUUUAUUGGUGGAUUCUCAAAUUCCAAGUGGGAAUAUCCAAA